AACACAAUCAAAUUUUAAAGUCAUUUAAAGUUCAUAUUAAAUAUACCCUGUUGGUGAAUAAAUAUAUAAAUACAUAUGUUAGAUAGCAGACUAUGGAUGGAAAUUAAAGGGGCUUUAAAGUCAAUGAUCAGCGAAGUUACAUAGAUAACAGAGGGCGAUUGAUCAAGAUAUAUAGCGAGAAAAUAAAUGGCAGAAGAAAAAGAAGAAGCACUAAUUAAAAGAAACAAGCAAGUGAUUCUAAAGAGGUAUCCAGAGGGGUUGCCUAAGGAUGAUGACAUGGAGGUGAUCUCCACUGCUACUAUUAAGCUCAAGUUGCCUGAUGGUUAUGGCGGCAUUCUUGUCAAGAACCUCUACUUGUCAUGUGAUCCCUUUCAGCGAACCCUCAUGCGACACGUCCCUCCUUCUGGCGGUGCCACCUCCCCUUCCUAUACCACUGACUCUCCGCUAUUUGGGUGUGGAGUGGGUAAAGUGUUGGAUUCAGGGCAUCCAGAUUUCAAACAAGGAGAUUUGGUUUGGGGGAUAACUACAUGGGAAGAAUACACCCUCCUUCCAAAUCCCGAAACCCUCAUCAAAAUCCUCCAUACAGAUGUACCUCUUUCCUACUAUGCUGGAAUUCUUGGUAUGCCUGGUAUGACUGCUUAUGCUGGAUUCUACCAAAUAUGUAAUCCUAAGAAAGGAGAAAAUGUUUUCAUAUCAGCUGCAUCAGGUGCAGUUGGUCAGCUUGUCGGUCAAUUUGCUAAAUUGUCUGGUUGUUAUGUUGUUGGAAGUGCUGGCAGCAAAGAAAAGGUGAAGCUUUUGAAAGAAAAGUUAGGAUUUGAUGAUGCAUUUAACUACAAGGAAGAAAAAGACUUGAAGGCAACCCUAAAGAGGUAUUUCCCACAAGGAAUAGACAUUUACUUUGAGAAUGUAGGAGGCAAAACACUAGAGGCUGUGCUUCUCAAUAUGAGACAGUUCGGACGCAUUGCUGCUUGUGGAAUGAUAUCACAGUACAAUGUUGAUGAGGAGGAAGGAGUAAGAAAUCUGAUGCAGCUGGUAUCCAAGCGUGUUCGUAUGGAAGGGCUCAACUGUUCUGAUCACCUUCAUAAGUAUUCCGAGUAUCUGGACUUUGUUCUGCCUCAUAUCAGACAGGGUAAGAUUGCUUAUGUGGAAGAUAUUGUUCAUGGCCUUGACUCUGCUCCAUCAGCUCUUGUUGGACUCUUCUUAGGUCGCAAUGUUGGAAAACAACUCAUUCACCUCUCUGAUCUAUCUACUUUUCUCUUAGAGCAUGUUGUAUGAAUAAAUAACUCCCAUGUCCGACCAUGGGGACAGCUAUGUAGCUAGCUCAUUAAACUAUUUUCUUUACCAAA